AUGAAUUAUCAGAACUAUGAUAAGGCUAUUGUACUGGUCUAUGGUAUCAAGCUAGACGGCUGGCCUGUGGGCCUUCCCUUCAUCGCACCCUCCCACUUGCACACUGUUGUGGAAGUUCACACACUCCGAGACGCUCUAAAGAUUGGCAGUUGUCAGUGGAAGAAACUCACUCAACGGGAGAUUGAAGACUUUCAGGAGGAACUCCAGAGGUGUGAAGAAGCAGGAGAGGACAUCGGUAUGGUUCGUAAGAAGCAUGCAGAUGCAGGCAAGCCCCGCAAG